AUGGUUGAAUAUAAUUCAAAAAAACAAACUUUAUACAAUCGUCGACAAACGAUGGCUGCACCUGAGUCUCCUCAUGAUGAAUUACAUGAUUUAACUCGUCAUCUAAGUGCAUCAACUAAUGUUCGUCUGCCAUUAUCACCUGUUUCUCCAAGUGAUGAAGUAAAUAGAUCAGCUCGUUAUUUAGGUACACCAACCAAUGUUCGUCAACCAUUAUCAAGUAAUUCUCAAAUUGAUUUACCAUUCAGCGAUGAAUAUCGUAGUCAAGAACGAGUUCCACCUGCAGGUGUUGAUGUUCGACGACAAUUUGUUUCGAGUCGAAUUGGUGAUUCUAUUUCUAAUGACAGCGUCACUCGACGUCGAUUAUCAAUUAUUUCCGAAAAUUAUUAUCCAGUAGAUGAUGAAGAAAAUCAAAAUGAAGACAAUCAAACUUUAAUUGAAACAGAUAAUGAUAAACGUCGUCGUCGAAUAUUAUUUCUUGUCGAACCAAUUCUUGUUGGUUUAAUUCUUCUUCCAAUUAUUGUUCUUUUUUGGGAUUGUGGAUGGAAUCUUGUUUGGACUUUAUUAAAUACAAUAAAUGGAUACCCAUUAACAAUAAAUCAAGAAUUUUAUAAUUAUUCAUUUUUAUCAUUAUUUAUUCCAUAUUCAAUUGUUCAAAUUCUUCUUUUAAUUCUUUAUAUUGGUCAAGAGAUUUUUUAUAAUUUUCUUAAAGAACAAAAUUCUAUUAUUAGAAUUAUUCUUUUAAAAUCUCAUAUAUUUCUAUUAGCAACAAUUUAUAUAAUUCAAUGGGAAAUUGUCUGGUUAUUAUGGGAUCAAUAUACUCCUCGUCAAUGGUAUUUUCAAUUAGUUCUUUCAAUAGCAGCAAUAUUUGCAUUAAUUGUAUUUAUUGGUCAUUUAUCUGAUCUUGUUUGUGCACCAUUUCUUGUUAGUUAUGAUUCAAUUGAAUAUUGUCUACAUUUUGGUUGUCCUCUUUUAACACGACAAAUGAAACAAUGGAAAAUUAAUGUAAUUAAUUAUGUUUUAUAUGAAAUAAUUAUUUCUAAUUUAUCAAUUGUUACAUGGCGUAGUUUUUAUAAUUUUCUUGAUCAACAUAUGUAUCCUGAUGAUCUAAAUAAAUCAGCUUUAAUUUGUUUAUUAAUUGGUUUUAUUCUUUAUUUUCCCUUAAUGUAUUUUCAAAAUUAUUUCGAAUAUUUAAAUGUAAAAUAUGAAUUUUGGGUAUUUGUUUCAAUUAAUUUUCCUCAACUUUAUCGAAAUGUUCGUCAUGUAUUUGCUUUUUUAUCAUGUGUUUUUCUUUGGCGUGGACUUUGGCUUCUCUAUGAUUCUUAUAUUGUUAUAUUUGAAUUUCAUUAUCAAACAUAUUUAUUAUUAUAUUUAGUAUCAUUUUUCUUUUUAGCUUUAAUUCAAACAUCAUCAUCAAUCAAUGGUCCAUUAAGUAAUAUGGAAGAUGAUAAUCAUUUCUUUCCUCUCUAUCCAAAUUGUUAUGUUUCAACUGUUAUUAGAAAAUUUUCUUAA